UUGUUUUGUUUAAGUGUUUGGUGUUCUUUUAAAAAUAAAGUGCAUCUAUCUUUGGCAGGAAAUCACAUGUAUUAUUACAUCAUUUCCAUUAGAUCUGUGUAAAAAGGUCUUCAAACAAUAUUAUCGUUUAUCGCAAUAAUUUUUGAGACUAUUAAUAGCUCAGCAAAAUUCGUUAUUGUGACAGGCCUAUUUAGCAGAGUGUAAAUAUUUUGGGUUUCUUGUUGGAACCAGAACCUUCCAUCGGUUCUGCCACGGGUCAGCAACAUUCCUGGGUUUUUCCAGCAGCUGGGAGGUUCUGGCGGUUCCGACGGGUUGCUGGGUUCAACGGAACCAUCCGUGCUUCUGCCAGUGAAUAGCAGCAGAUCAUCAUGACUUUGCAGUUUCAGACAUAUUUCUGUGGGGUGUGGGGGGCGGUUCCAGACCGGCUCUGCGGUCCAACAGAACCACUGGCUUUAUGACUGCAGCAGCAGAAUUAUGUAACCAGGUCUAGUUCUGGCCAAUGGGGCGGGAGGCGGGUCCGGCUCUAAUGAGAACCAGGUUCUGAGUGGAAGUGGUAAGUGGGCCGUCUCACACUCACUUCCCCCUCAUCAGAACCAGAACCAGAGGAGCAGCCCGGGUUCUGGAGGCCUCUGCCUAACUCAGUGCUGAUCGAUGUCUGAUGAUCGUCGGCGUCAGUUUGUCCCGAUCCAACAUGGCCGUCUGCUCUGAUCCUCUCCAGGUUUUCCCAGGAUGCAACAGUCCUUCCCUGGCGUCUCUCAGCAGCGAAGUUCCAGUUCUGGCCUGCGGCGGUUUGGCCAAGCGCUGGUUGGUUCCCGGCUGGAGGAUGGGCUGGAUCCUCAUCCACGACCGGAACCGGAUCUUCGGAUCGGAGAUCCGCCAGGGCCUGGUGAGGCUGAGCCAGCGCAUCCUGGGAGCCUGCACCGUCGUCCAGGGGGCGCUAGAGAGCAUCCUGAACAACACGCCACCCGGCUUCUACAGCAGCACCAUCAGCUGCCUGCAGUCCAACGCAGAGAUCUGCUUCAGCGAACUGAGCGCCGUCCCGGGCCUCAACCCCGUCAUGCCGUCCGGAGCCAUGUACCUGAUGGUUGGGAUUGAAAUGGACCAUUUCCCGGAGUUUCAGAAUGAUGUGGACUUCACGGAGCGCCUGGUGACAGAGCAGUCCGUCUUCUGCCUGCCCGCCUCGGCGUUCGAGUAUCCAGACUUCUUCCGUGUCGUUCUGACGGUUCCAGAGGAGCUGAUGCUGGAGGCCUGCGGCCGGAUCCGCGAUUUCUGCCGGGUCUGGUACCGACCGCCCAGCUGCGACGGCAACGACCUGGACCAGUGACCCGGCUGGUCCUCGUCCACAUUGAGUCCUCUUUGAUGCUGGGAGUUCAGGGACAUCACCUAAUAUUUAUAUUUUAUACAGGCAACAAAUAUUAAAAUAUUAUCCUCCAUUGUUUUUAUAUAUUUAUAAACUGAGUCUGGAUGUGAUCGAUUACUGAUUUAAUGAUCUUUUAAUGAAUUGUUAGUUAUCUAUCAAUGCUAAAAUAGGCGCGGCCUGGCUGGUUCUGAUCCGAUUCUUCAGAUCUUCUGGUUCAGCAUAAGUUGAACUUGCAACUGUUUCCUGUUCAUCAUAAAAAUGAUUUUCAUGUUGCUGUUUGUGGUUGUCUAAUAAAACUCUGUCAUAGCCGC